AAAUGAUAGGACUAGUACUUGGUACUGUCCCAUGCGCUGCACUAUCCUGAAACCCCUUCUGUGCAGAAUGGAAUCAGCCAAUUCUAAGAUGGCGUGAGGCAGAAGCAGAGUUUGAACUUUGGAGUUUGGACCCAGGCUCUUUGGACCAUUGUUUGUCCAUUUUCUUUCACAAUUUUUUUGCAACCGUCCAAUACGCAUCAACAGAGACAAUGUGACGCUAAAUACUCGGUAUGACUGCCUGGGGCUUCCCAGUAUCAGCAGGUGCAGCACCAUAAAAUUUUCUGAUGGCGGAAAAUCCUCGCCAAGAUCUGUUCCUGGACAUUUCUCAGAACUUACUAGAUGAACAACUUCAAGACCUUUGCAACUACAUCAGCGGUGCAAAAAUUUUACCAGCGAAAUUUGUUCAAAAAGCUGAUGCUCACCAAAUCUUUAAUCAACUCGAGAACGAGCAGAAGUUGAAGUUAGGGGAUCUAUCACUUCUGGCAAAGAUCUUGAGAAAAAUUGGCAGACAUGACUACGCUGAGCAGGUGGAGGAACUUGCUGAAAAUGAGAGGAAAGAUUCUUCAAGUGAGCAGAGUGAUUCUGCAUGCAAGCGCAGAAGACUGGACACAACUGAGACCAAAGAGACACAAGAACAGGCAAAUGCACUAAGGAGUGCUGUAUCCACUUUGUACAAAAACACCCUCAACAUGUUGAAGCCUUUGCCUUGGGACCCCAGAUUCAGUCUUGACCUUGAUGCAGUUUUCACUAGUCUUGAAUUAGUUAGUCUUCAUGGCCUUCAAGACAGAGGAAACCUGGCCUCACUCGAUGGUGUCUUUGACCAUCAGAAAAAAAAUGAUCAAGAUAAAAGAUUUAAUGUUUUGGUUGUUGGAGAUGCUGGAGGUGGAAAAUCAACCCUACUUUCAAAGACAGCCCUUGAUUGGUCAUGUGGAAAGGGCAGGCUAGCAGAGAUGAAUAAGAUUGUCUUAUUGGUUCGGCUGAGAGAGGUUCAGCCAGGAGAAUCCAUUGCUAGGAUCAUAUGGGACCAGUGUGUUACACAAUCGGAGGACAUCAGUGUUUCUUCUAUAGAGACUUGUCUCAGGGAAAAUGAGCCAAAACUGGUGUUCCAGUUGGAUGGCUAUGAUGAACUGGUUCCAGGUGCAUGUGAGUCUAAAGAGACCAUUCCUAAACUUCUUGCAAAGAAAUUAUAUCCCAGAAGCACAGUCAUAGUUACCUCCAGGCCUUUCACAGGUGUUGAACAAUACAUGAAGGUCAAUUGUGAAAUGAAAGUUAUGGGAUUUUCCCCAAGGAAUGUGGAGAAAUAUGUCACCACAUAUUUCAACACUGUAGAGAAACCAGGCUUAGCAGAUUCACUUGUCAAAGCACUACAAGCCAAUAUUAUAGCUAGAAGUCUGAUCCAGACCCCUAUGUUCCUCAUGCUGAUCUGUGUGCUAUGGGAAGAUGACCCAACCAGGGUGUUCCCAGGGACAAUGUCAGGCUUGUACCAGGAGCUGCUUGCAUGUGUAGUCAGGAAGUUCUGUGUCAGGGAAGAUCUGCCUAUGCCUAAUGAUGAGUUUCCCUCUAUGGUAUCAACUGCACUGCUUCGUCUAGGUAAACUUGCCUUAGAGUCAUUCUUGAGAGGUGAGAGCUUGGUAGACCUUGGAAACACCCCUACCAUUUUAGAUACUGACAUUCUACUGAAACUUGGCAUUGUUUCCAAAGAAGUGUCUGCAUCCAGACUUCACCCAAGAGAACAGUUGAAUUUUCCUCACAAGACCAUGCAGGAGUUUCUUGCAGGCAGAUAUGUUGCUGACACAGUCAAAACUUCCUCAGGUCAUCUGCAUGAGUUAGUUCCACUGGACUCACAGGAUAAACUUCAACGGCAGAGUAACCUGGUCCAGUUUAUUUGUGGCUGUGGAGGUAAAGCCACAAGGGAGAUGCUGGCACAAUUUAACAAACUACAUGUAUGUGAAGCUGUGUCUGAGUCUGAGCCUGAGUCUGAGCCUGACAAUGCUGACAAUACAUCUUUAAAAGAUCUCUGCAUGAUGAGUUUGUAUGAAGGUCAGGAUCCCAGGUAUUUCCCAAUAGUAAGCACACUGCUGUCAUCUCUGGACUUGACCAUCAAUGUCCCCUCUAAACAAGGAGCUGCACUUAAGUACUGUCUCAAUCAUGCUCCAGCAGUACCUGAGGGUAGAUCAUUGAAGCUUGCAGUAAAAGAGGCCAGUAAAGGAGAUGCAGUAGAAUAUCUGUCUUGUUUGGUAGAAAAACAUAUGCCUGACGUACAGUUGUAUUUUGAACUAUUUCUUAGGCAUUGUUACAUAGGUAAUAAGCUAUGUAAGCUGAUCCCUUUACUGCAAAAUGUCCCACAUGUGCAAACACUGAACCUUAGAAAAACAGGCCUCACUCCCGAAUCACUCCAGUCACUUGGAGGGAUCCUGCCUAAGCUAGUCAAGCUUGAGAGACUUGAUCUGUCAGGCAAUGAAAACAUUGGAGAUACUGACAUGAGAGUACCAAGUGAAGAGUUUAAAAUUAAUUUGACAUUUCUAAAUCUCAGGAAGUCUGGGCUCGGGGACUUAUUUGUGAAAUCCCUUGCUGCUGUGCUGCAUAAUUUGCACCGUCUGGUAGAUAUAGACCUUUCUGAUAACAAAAUAGGGUUGGCAGGGCUGGAACCCUUUUCUGUCAUCCAGCAUCCUGUUGCCAGCCUAAAGAAGGUCAGCCUCUAUGAUAACAAGAUAGGGGAUGUUUGUAUGAGAUCCCUUGCCAGUGUGCUGCAUCAUCUAUCCUGUCUGGAGGACCUAAACCUGUCAUACAACAACAUAGGAAGUGAAGGGAUGGAACCCUUCGCUGCCAUCGAGCAGCCUGUUGCCAGUCUGAAGGUGCUUAACCUCUGUAAAAACAAGAUAGGAGAUGUUUGUAUGAGAUCCCUUGCUGCUGUGCUGCAUCAUCUACCCUGUCUUGAGGACCUGAACCUGUCUUACAACAACAUAGGCUCUGAAGGGAUGGAACCCUUUGCUGCCAUCGAGAAGCCUGUUGCCAGUCUGAAGGUGCUCAGCCUGUCUAGUAACAAGAUAGGGGAUGUUUGUAUGAGAUCCCUUGCCAGUGUGCUGCAUCAUCUUUCCUGUGUGGAGGACCUAAACCUAUCUUACAACAACAUAGGGAAUGAAGGGCUGGAACCCUUUGCUGCCAUCCAGCAGCCAGUUGCCAACCUAAAGGUGCUCGACCUCAGUAAUAACAAGAUAGGGGAUGUUUGUAUGAGAUCCCUUGCCAGUGUGCUGCAUCAUCUUUCCUGUGUGGAGGACCUAAACCUAUCUUACAACAACAUAGGGAAUGAAGGGCUGGAACCCUUUGCUGCCAUCCAGCAGCCAGUUGCCAACCUAAAGGUGCUCGACCUCAGUAAUAACAAGAUAGGGGAUGUUUGUAUGAGAUCCCUUGCCAGUGUGCUGCAUCAUCUACCCUGUGUGGAGGACCUAAACCUAUCUUACAACAACAUAGGGAAUGAAGGGCUGGAGCUCUUUGCUGCCAUCCAGCAGCCCAUUCCCAGUCUGAAGGAGCUCAACCUCUCUCAUAACAAGAUAGGGGAUGUUUGUAUGAGAUACCUUGCCAGUUUGCUGCAUCAUCUACCCUGUCUUGUGGACCUGAACCUGUCUUACAACAACAUAGGCUCUGAAGGGAUGGAACCCUUCACUGCCAUCCAGCAGCCUGUUGCCAGUCUGAAGGUGCUUAACCUCUGUAUAAACAAGAUAGGGGAUGUUUGUAUGAGAUCCCUUGCAGCUGUGCUGCAUCAUCUAUCCUGUUUGGAGGACCUGGAUCUCUCUCAAAACAACAUAGGAGAUGCUGAGCUUGCUUCCAUUGUUGCUAGCCUGCACCAUGUCCCCUGCCUGAAAUAUCUUACACUGUCUGGCAAUAGCAUAACGGAAAUUGGCAUUAAAGACUUUGCACAGACCAUCCCCAUGAUGCCUGCACUAAAGUAUCUGAACCUGAAACCCUGUAAGACAGUCCACCUAGAUGACACAGGUUCUACAUCCAUCGUCACCAUGCUGACCAGGCUGCCUGGGUUGGAAUGCCUGAAUCUGAUGAACAUCUCCAUGCAGGCUGCAGGGUUCAUGGAUAUGGUUAAAGCUGCGGCAGAACAAGAGGUGGAGUUUUUGGACUUUAGGCUGUACUACUCAGAGCAUCUAAUUCCACUGGAAGAUACAUGUGCCUGGGAAUUGGAACCUUACAACCUUGUAUUUUGUGACGAGCAUCCAGGAGAUGAAGAUGAUGAAUACAGUUAUGAUGAAAUGUCAUCCGACUCUGAUGAUGACUUUCUGGGUUGGUGAAAGAUCCACCUUUACUGUAAGGUAGACACUAUGUUGGCUACGACAGAGCCCUAGAACAGCUGUCACUUACUUCCCUGUACCUGAGACGCCGCAGUCUUUGUUUGAAGUUUGCAUUGUCUGUGUCGAAGUCCCCACUAUUCUCUGGCUGGUUACCCCCGAAAAGGAGAAGUGUUCAUGGCAAAGAACUACAAACAAAGGACAACUACACACAGUUUAGAUGGAGAUCAUCCAGAUUCAGAAAUAGCACACUUCCUUUCAUUGUAUCAUUGUUGAACGAAUCUUAAUGAUGUUUUUAACAGAUGUUUUAUGUAUCAUACACCAAUUCAGCCUUGUAUGGCUGCAAUAAUAUGUACAUGUUUAUGCGCAUUUGUUUUGGCGCUAAUAAACCAUUCAUUCAUUCAUUCAAAGUGAAAGUAACUUCACAGUCAACGAUAUAUCCAACAAAGAUAAAACCAAACACAGGCACAUUGCAUGUACGCCAGGUCUUUGACAUGUGUGUGACAUGUACACAAGUAAUAAGAAGAGGCCAUAUUGAACUUGUCAUGAUUUGAUGUCUUCUUCUGUGAUUACUCAGUUUAUCUUUGAGGGUCUGAUUCAUUCUUAUUGUUUUACUCACAUGGUUUUGCAAUACUUAGUACUGUUUUUCUUUAUUUUCAAUUCACCUCCUCCUAACUGUUACAAAAACAGAUGAGAACACUAAGCUGGAUCCUAAUACAUCUGCUUGGAAAUUAUUUGCGUGUACUGUAGAUCCAUUAAAUGUUGCGGUCAGUAAUUUUAGCGGUUGGGGGAAAGGGAUUACUUGAAGGCAUUUGAUAUUAAUGGUGAGAACACGUAUCACUGUCUCAAAUGUUGAGAGACAAAAUAAUUGCAAUGAUGAAAUUUUAGCAGUUGAUUAGUGACUGCAAAAGUUACUUAGCAAAUCAAGAUUGGAACCAAAUAUGUAAUACAUGCAGCAUGAUGAUGCAGGGUUGGCUGUCCAAAAACCUUGCUUUAUAAGAAGUGCAUAUCAUAGUGGAUCGUAGUUUAUAAGAAUACAAGUGAUGUUCAGAUCUGUGAUAUUAAUUUCUACACUUAAGAUUUAUGAAAAAGUGAGAAAACUCCAUGUACCAGUACCAAUUUAUGUGUUUGUCAACAUGUCUUUG